UGUCGGUGCCGUGGUCUAUAAAACAAUAAAACCAAAAUUGUACUCAUUGAACCUAGAAAACUUAGCGUUUACUUUAUUGUUUGUUAGAUCGUUAAUAAAAUACUAUGAGUGAAAUAUGAAGUUUUCUGUCAGUUAAACAUAAAGCUGCUCUUGUGGAACAAGACGUGAAGUUUUUGCUGUUUUAUAAUGAGAUACCGCACUGCUACUUAUCUUCGAAAAACAUGAACUUUAAACCUAGGUUCUCUUUAUCAAAGUGUCCAGACAACACAAUUAGCAAACCACUGAGAGCUGCUGUUAUCUUAUCAUAGCUUUAGUUGACCCAUAAACUUAGCUUAAUAUUGAUUAGCCUAUCUAUUUUGUAAAUAGAAUACUUUUAUCAGCGAUUUUCUACGUAACCUCAUUCUGUUAUCCUAGGACUAGUGACUGCGACCAUUUAACAAAAAUAUUUCAAUUUAAAUUCUAAAAAAUGUCCUAUGUAAGAUUUGAAAUGUUUAAAAACUGUUUCAAUUUUUGUACUAGGCCUAGGCCUAUUUUAUUUUUCAAGAGCAAUCAUAUUUGUAAACUUUCCAAUUUUACUGCAAAAUCCAUCUCAUGCUAUGGGUUUUCUAAUAAAAUAUCUAUUAAAUGCUAUAGUAAAGAUCAAGAGGAACAUCCUCUUAGAAAAACUAUGAGAAUUCUUAAGUCUGAUAUGAAAUAUUUAAUUAAACUAAUUGAUGGUCAAGCUACAGUAGAAAACUUGAAACCUAGUUAUCAUUUUCCAAACCACUGCGAUGUUUUAAUUGUUGGUGGAGGUGUCAUUGGAUCUUCGAUUGCUUACUGGCUAAAGCAGCGAGCUCUUAGUGGUCUGCAUGUUGUCGUUCUGGAAAAAGAUGCCUCGGUAAUGAAUUCUGAAUUUAUAGAUUGUCAGUACACUCAAGCGUCAACGCCGCUGUCAGUGGGGGGACUGCGGCAGCAGUUUUCUCUACCAGAGAACAUUGAGAUGUCAGUGUUCGGAGCCGAGUUCAUGCGUAACAUCGGAGACUACUUAACAGUGGAAGGUCAUGAGCCUCCCAAUGUCCAGUUCACUCCCAAUGGUUACUUGUUCCUUGCCACCGAGAAGAGUGCCCACAUUCUGGAGAGAAACUCAAAGUUACAACAAUCUCUUGGAGCAAAAAAUGAGUUACUAACUCAAAAUAAGAUUAAAAAAAAGUUUCCAUGGUUGAAUGUAGAUGGAAUAGAAUUGGGUUGUCACGGAUUGGAGAACGAAGGAUGGAUAGAUCCUUGGAGUCUCCUGAUGGCUUUUAAAAAAAAGGCGAUUGCGCUGGGAGCUGAGUACAUUACAGGCGACUUAGACCACUUUAAGUUUAGACGAAUGUCUGACAUCGUUAUGGACAACAUUCCCUUGGGAGAAUACGAAGGAUUAAAUGAAGCAAUUGUGACAUUGCCCGACGGUCAGACAGAGUCGAUAACCUUCUCACAACUGGUGAUAGCUGCUGGCUGCCGCUCCGGAGAGGUCGGCCAACUUGCCAGAAUGGGCAACGGACCAGGAUUCCUUGGACUGCCUAUCCCUGUGGAACCCAGGAAACGUUAUGUGUACUGUUUCCACUGUCCAGGAGGCCCUGGUCUGAAAACACCACUCGUUGUAGAUCCUAGUGGAACGUAUGUUAGGAGGGAAGGUACGAGUGACAACUACUUGUGCGGCCGCUCUCCAGACGCUGAAGACGAGCCUUCAUGUGAAAAUUUGGAAGUGGACUACGACUACUUCAACGAGAAAAUAUGGCCAACCCUCGCAAACAGAGUGCCUGUAUUUGAAUCUCUCAAGGUGAAGUCAGCCUGGGCCGGGUAUUACGAUUAUAACACGUUUGACAAGAAUGCCCUGAUUGGACCACAUCCAAGUUACAUGAACGUUCUCAUCGCAACUGGAUGCAGUGGCCAUGGUCUACAGCAGGCUCCUGCCAUCGGCCGCGCCAUCAUGGAGCUGAUGAUUGAUGGCCAUUACAAGACUAUUGAUUUGACAAGGAUGCAGUUUGAGCGAAUUUUCCAUGAAGAAUAUCUUCUUGAAGACAACAUUGUUUAAUAUUGAUUAACUAGACAGGGAAUGGGUAAGGAGAACUUGCCCCAGCAGUCAAUAUGUACUUGAAGUGGAAAAUGAGAAGUGCCCUCUUGUUGAGAACAAACGUCCAGUAUACACAAAAUAAUUGUGGUUAUUAGUUUUAUUUUAAAAAAUGGGUUAAAAUACAACUAUCAUUAAAAAUUUGUUUACUGUUAUAUCAAGAUGGACAGUUGGACUAAAAAUUAAAAACAGUUGGUAUCUGGAGUGGAAUACAAGAAAUAUGAUUUUCCUAGAAUACAUAUAUUGAACUUAUUGGCUUUUUUUACAGAUAUUUUAAUACAUAAGAUUACAUAUCAACAUUUAGUAUUUAAUAUAAUUUAGAAUAAAAAUAAAUCAAAAUUGAAACAAGAGGGCUCUUUUUAUUUCCAUGUCUAUAAAACUACAACCAUCUUAUUGUGGGCUUUGUUUUAUGAGUCUGAGUCCCAAAGCAAAGUGGAAUGCAAUCUUAAAAAAACGCUUUACAGAUUUUUAAACACAAAGUACUUCAAUUAAAUUUAUAUGUAAUUGAGAGUUGGUAAACCAAAAUUUUCAAAACCACAGGAAUUUUCCCCUUAAUACUUUAUAAGAAAGAAUAUUUUUAUCACAAACACAUUUCAUGCCAAAAAUGCAAUGAGUAUAUUUAAUUAUUUACAAAACUAAAAGAACCUGUAGGUUGCACGGACUGAACCAAAAUUUAAAUACUCAGAAAUUAAUAAAAUAUAAGUAAAUUUAAAAACAUAACAUAUACUAAUGUAACUGAAUAAAGCAAUCAGUUUUAUCCCACAUUAUUCCCAUUCAUUAUGAAAUGUUGAACUAAUCAUGAAAAAUUGAAGAUCCUGUGGGCAAUGAUGUUUUAAUUAAACUUGAAAUGUCACAAUUCAGCAAUCCAAGAAAGAAACUGUACUUUUAUUAUGUUUUAAUAAUAGAAAGAUCCUGUGAAAAAGUAGUUAUUAAAGUAAUUUUUGGACUAGUCUACUUAUUUACUUGUACAUGUUGUUUAUAAAAGAUUAAACAUAUUUAUUAAUUUGUUCAUAA